UCGCCCGCUGUAGGCAUCACAGCGGAAAUGAAGAAUCUCCUGCUCGUUUUGUCCUUCGUCUUAUUAAACAGUACGGAGUCGCUCAAAUACAGGUUCUCCAUAUUGGAAAAAGGAAGGAGCCUUUACAAUAUUGAGGCUUAUAGGGAUGAAGAGAGGCAACUCUGCGUGUUGACUGGAAUACCAUCAAGUGCUGGCAGUGAAGAUUUUUCGGAGGAAUUGCUUAGAAACGUCAUUACAGUGAAAGGAGAAUCUGCCAAAAGGUUGUCUGUGCUAUGCCAUGGCCUCGAAAUCUUUUUGCAGUUGGACGAACAAAAGAGAUACGAUCGUGCCAAUCGUGUUAAAAGGCAAACUGUUGGGAGGAAGAGGUACAGAGGGCAGACACAAACACAGUACGUUGCCUUCAACAAUGGGCAGAAAGAAAAAGCAGGGACUGCAGAAGCUGUAGCCAGCCCAGACAUAUCACGAGCAACAGUCAGUGGUGUAAUGGGAAUGGGGCAAGCCCAAAGCCAGUCAGGAAGUGAAGAUGCCUGCGAUGAAUGCUACUAUGGAGCAGUAAGGCCAGUUGGACAUCCAAGUUUAAUAAGACCAGGAGGAUAUCCAGGUGCAGGAAGACCAGGGGAAUAUCCAUCAGCAGGAAGGCCUGGGGAAUAUCCAGGAACCGGAAAACCUGGAGAGUACCCAGCUGGAGGAAGGCCCGGAGAAUAUCCAGGAGUUGGAAAACCUGGAGAAUAUCCGGGUGCAGGAAGGCCAGGAGAAUAUCCUGGAAGUGGAAAACCUGGUGAAUACCCAGGAGCAGGAAGGCCAGGGGAAUAUCCAGGAACCGGAAAACCUGGAGAGUAUCCAGCUGGAGGAAGGCCAGGAGAAUAUCCAGGUGCAGGAAGGCCGGGAGAAUAUCCAGGUGCAGGACAGCCGGGAGAACAUCCGGGUGCAGGAAGGCCAGGAGAACAUCCAGGUGCAGGAAGGCCAGGAGAGUAUCCAGAUGCAGGUAGGCCAGGAGAAUAUCCAGGUAUUGCAAAACCAGGUGAAUACCCAGGUGCUGCUAGACCAGGCCAAUACCCUGGAGCUGAAAAACCUGGAGAGUACCCAGGUGGCAGACGGCCAGGAGAGUAUCCAGGAGCAGGAAGGCCGGGAGAAUAUCCAGUUGCAAGAAGGCCAGGAGAAUAUCCGGGUUCAGGAAGGCCAGGAGAAUAUCCGGGAAUUGGAGAAUAUCCAGGUGUUGGAAGGCCGGGGGAAUAUCCGGGGGCUGGAAAACCUGGGGAGUUUCCGGCUGCAGGAAGACCAGGAGAAUAUCCAGGAGUUGGAAAACCUGGAGAAUACCCAGGUGCAGUUAGGCCAGGAGAGUACCCAGAUGCCGGUAGGCCAGGAGAAUAUCCAGGUGCAGGUAGACCAGGUCAAUAUCCAGGAGCUGGAAAACCGGGAGAAUACCCAGGUACAGGGAGGCCAGGAGAAUAUCCAGGUGCAGGAAGGCCGGGAGAAUAUCCGGGUGCUGGAAGGCCAGGAGAAUAUCCAGGUGCAGUAAAGCCAGGAGAAUAUCCAGGUGUAGGAAGACCUGGGGAGUAUCCAGGGGUUAGAAAACCUGGAGAAUACCCUGAUGCUGUAAGACCAGGUGUGCCUCCUGGAUCUUGGCCUCCUGAAGGUAGUACGCCAACACUUCCUGGAGGAAAAAUCCCUGAUGGUUAUCCUGUAGGUACAACAAGACCAGGAUGGCCUACAGGGUAUCCAGACAAAUGGAGGCCAGGAGAAUACCCAAUAUCAAAACCAGUUUACCCUGGAGAACAAGUAAAAUACCCUCUACCUCCAUGCGAUCCAUCAUACAUUGUUUGUAAAGCUGGCGAAAAACCUGUAUAUCAACCACCAGAUACAUAUAAACCCGGUCUCCCUACAAGUAGCAGACCUGGAGAAUAUCCUAGUGGCAGAAGACCAGGAGAAUACCCAGGGACUGGAACCACUGGACCAUAUCCAGGCCAGGUGAGGCCAGGGGGAUAUCCUGAUACAGGAAUACCAGGAGAAUAUCCUGGUAUUGGUGGACCAGGUGGACUUCCAGGCUCAGCAAGACCUGCAGGAUACCCAGGAGCAGUAGGAUCAGGGGAAUAUCCAGGUGGAGGAAAACCAAGUGGAUAUCCAGGUGUUGGAAAACCUGGAGAGUACCCUGGUGUAGGAGGAACAGAAAAAUAUCCAGGUGUAGGAAAGCCUGGUGAUUACCCAGGUGUUGUAAGUCCGGGAGAAUAUCCAGGUGCAGGAAGGCCAGGAGAAUAUCCAGGUGCAGGAAGGCCAGGAGAAUAUCCAGCCCCAGUCAGACCAGGAUCAUAUCCAGAAGUAGGACCAGAAGGAUAUCCAGGUGUAGGACGGCCAACAGAAUACCCAAGUGUUGGAAGACCAGAAUAUCCAGGUAUUGGAAAACCUGGAGAGUACCCAGGUGCAGGAGAACCAGGAAGAUAUCCAGGUGUUCGUAAACCUGGAGAAGGUACAGGAGUACCUGAAGGCUAUCCAGGAGCAGGAGGACCAGGAGGAUAUCCUGGUGGUGGUAAGCCUGGAGAAGGUACAGGAGGGCCUGGAACCUAUCCAGGAGGAGGACCAGGAGGGUAUCCUGGUGCAGGAGGAUAUCCAGGUGUUCAUAGACCUGGAGAAGGUACAGGAGGACCUGAAGGCUAUCCAGGAGCAGGAGGACCAGGAGGAUAUCCGGGUGGUGGUAAGCCUGGAGAAGGUACAGGAGGACCUGGAGCCUAUCCAGGAGCAGGAGGGUAUCAUGGUGGUGGUAAACCUGGAGAAGGUACAAGAAGACCAGGUGGCUAUCCGGAGGCAGGAAGACCUGGGGAGCACCCAGGAGCUGGAAGACCAGAAGGUUAUCCGGGUACAGAAAUACCAAAAUAUCCAAGUUUUGGGAAACCUGGAGAUUAUCCAGGUACAGGAGGAUAUCCUGGAGGUUAUCCAGGUGCAGAAGGAUAUCCAGGAGGUUAUCCAGGUGCAGGAGGAUAUCCGGGAAGUGGCAAGCCUGGAGAGUACCCUGAUUCAGGAAGUCCAGGAGAAUUUCCUGGAGCAGGAAAACCAACUGAUAUUUAUAAGCCUGGAGGGUACGGUGAUUUGUCUGUGCCAAGUGCUGGUGAUACUCAAGCUCAGACGAAUGUUAAUUUCGAUGGCAAUGAUACUACAGCUAGUGCCUCAUCUCAAGGUAAAUUGGGUUCUGGUGUAGCACAGACACAAGUAUCAGGGACUUAUUCAGGUUCUGGUACAUUUAGUGCACAAGCUCAAACAAGUGAUAAUGAAAGAGGUGCUCAAAGUCAAAUUCAAGGAAAUGCCAAAGGAGCCACAAGUACUGCACAAGGAAGAGCAGGAACUAGUCAAACUCAAACUCAAGUCCAAGUUGGUACAGAAACAGGAGCUACUUUGGCAGAGUCCCAAACAAGUGGAUCAAAUUUUGCCACAAAUACUCAAGUUCAGGCUGGUUCAGCAGGGGGCUUAGCUGAUGCCCAGUCCAAAGGCCCAGGAUCAACAUCAAGUCAAGCUCAAAUUGGUUUUUUCCCUUAUGACGGAUCAACUGAUGGUCAUACAUCACCAUACAAAGGAGGUGGAUCAGCAUCAGCACAAAGUUCUGGAUCCUCUGGACAAUCACAGAGCCAGAUCCAAGGAUCAUUCCGCUAUGGUAUUUCUUAUACUGGUGCUGCUCAGUCCGGGUCUGGCGGGGUUUCAGGAUUGAAAUUCCCUAAUAAACUCUCACUGCCUGGUUCAAUUUACAACAGUUCAGGCUUGCAAAAUAAUAAUUUGAACAUUUCUCACCAAUUGUCAAAUUCCAGAAAAGAGGUCUCUGUUUCGGACAAUCCAAAUUUAGGUCUGGUUCCUUCCAAUUUAAAACAACCACACAAUGUUAAAAAAGAAACAUCAUCCCCAGUGACUGACGAUUCACCAUCUGAUAGAAAGACAGCAUUGGGAAUCAAUUCAAACCAAGACAAAUCAAGUGUAAAUAAUUUGCCAGUUGAAGAAGAUGAGUCAGAAGAUGUUUAUGAUGAAGAUGAAGAAUAUGAUGAUGAAGAAGAUGAAGAUCCCUCUGUGUUAUCAAGGAAAUCAAGUUUCAACCAAGUAACUACUACUACUACAACUACAACUACCACUACUACACCUGCUCCAGUUUAUACUUCAAAGACUUCUCCAACACAAACACAACAAAUAAUUCUAAAACCUGACAAUAAACAUGAUACUUUAAUCAUUCAAGGAACCUCAGGAUCUUUAAAACAAGGCGACGUAUUGCACUCUGGUACAAUAGUUCCAGGAACAGGAGGCUAUGUAAUACCCAAUGGAUUUAGGGGAAGAGUAACAUCGGUGGCUGGUGAUAAAACCGAGGCAAUCGCACCACCCAACAGUGGCCAAGCACAAACUCAGACAGUCGUCAUUUCACCUGGAUCCGGUAACAUAAAACUAUCAGCGCCUAGUUCAAGACAACAAGAGCUAAAAGGUGUCGAAAGCUACAAACAGUUUUCUCCUGGAUUUUACCCACCCGUUGCAUCCAGACACCCAUUUGUAGCGACAAACAACGGACUAGUUAAAGCCAGCCCACAAAAUAACUACGAUAGUUUUGUAACAGUAACAAACAGUAUAACAGGGCAGAUCAAGAACAAUGAUCAAAAACAAUCAGAAACAAAAAAGUACGCGCAUACUUAUUAUACAAAAUCGUCAACAUGUGGCUACUUCACAUUCACAUGCACCGCUGUCUCCGGUUCAAAUGGCCGGACAAAAAUAUGCAAACCAAAACCACAAACUAAUCCUGAUGGUUCACCGUGUAGUGCAGAAUAAUCUUUUUCAACCAAUGAAAUUAACUCAUUCUUCCUUAAAAAAUCAAUUUGUAUAUAAUUGUAAAUAAUGCAAAAUAAGUAUUAUUUUGUAGUUUCCUUUAGUAGCUCUAAUUUAUAUUAUUAUUUUCUAAUAAAAUGUAAUUUAAGUAACAUGUGUAAUUUCAGUUGUCACCUUUGUCAUUUUACUGUUGGAAAGAAAAAUGUGAAUAAUCAGAGAAAAAAUAAAAAGGAACUAAGAAGAAACUUUCACGUUGCACUUCAAUGAUACAAAAAUUUUAUUAUUUUACAUUUAGCAUAAUAUUAAACAAAAUACAUUAGUUUACAUACAUAUUUGUAGUUUUUGUCAUACUAACUUAAUUAAACAAGUAGUUAAGCUUUUUUACCCUGUGUAAAUAUUAUUUCAAUAUCAAGUGUUUAUUGUUAAAAAUAUUUUUUUUUUUAUAAAAAGCUAUUAUAAAUUAUAGCUUUGCAAAUGUCUUUAAGUUGUUCUACCCUAAUUAGUUAAACAUAAAAAAAAUAUAUAUAUAUAAAAAAAACAGGCAAAAACAAAUUAUUAAUUUAAAAACAAACAACAGCUUAGUUAUGCCUUAAGACUAAAUAACUAAUUGUAUGUUAUAUAAAUUAUAAUACGAUAUUAUCUGAUUAUUAAUAAAACAUAAA